UCAGUAGGCUACAGAGGGCUGCAGUAAAUACAGUGCCGCUCAAGAGGCGGGGUUUGACCUCGCAGCUCUGAAAACAUCUCUAAUCCAGUAUUUCAGGUGCCGAAGUCGAUCAUUGCUCACUACAUCUGCGCAUCAACAACUGCAAGAAACAUACGACUCUAAAAAACGGAAUAGCCUACAGCAAGUGAAUGUGACGGAUGGUGUCAAAAAUUGGAAUUAUACAGGAAGAAAGAGUCCGUAACAACGAUAACAGCAAAGUUGUAACACGUGCUUUUAGUUAUGUGGUUUAAUUUAUAACGAGCCCUCUGUAUUUUUUUUUACCGCAACGACUGUUGGGACAGUAUCAUAGGCGUCGUCGAUUUCUUCCCGAAACUCCUAGGCUGUUUCCAUUUCAAGAAUUCAAACACAUUUGGAAGAGCUGCAAAUUCCCUCCUUGUGAUAUAUUGAUAUUUCUUUAAAACGAUCAGACCCAAUUGACAUCCAAUGGUAAGAGCUGCCUGGAUAGAUCUUCGCUAUGGAUGAACCUUGGAAAGGGACGAUCAAUUCUAUUUGACUGCUCUAUAACGUCAGGCCAAUGUGGAGAGCCCCCAGAGACAACCGGGACCCACAGCCCCUCCCAUCCCUGUACUGAAUCCCCAGUGCAGAAUGAUCCAGGUUGGAGAAUGUCUAACACCCCUACUUCAGGAGUCAAACGGCUAUGCAUAAGAACAAUCGGACUAGCAAUCUGUUUUGAAAGUAUUUUCUCUGGAUUCAAAAGACUUCCUAGCCAGUGACUUAAAAUAAAAAUACAUUUUUUGUGACAUUUCAGACUUUUCCAAGUGGUGGACAAGGUAACAUUACCUUCCUAUCGAGCUGUGGAGAGGUGGCAGUAGUCGCCCAUGUGUAGCAGGAAAAUAGCUGCUGAUAGCGGAAUAACGUAGCCUCAGAUUGUCGGGGUUCGUUUCUUGACUGGGCGAGGGAUCCCACCGCUACCAGCAACGAGCCCCAGUCUGCCUCACCGAGUCACUCCACUCCCGUCCAAAGGCAGACACUCUAUCAAAUGGCAUGGGCCAAGUUCUUCAGAAAGCCGGGGGGCAAUCUCGCCAAAUCCUACCAGCCGGGGAGCAUGCUGUCUCUAGCCCCCACAAAAGGCCUGCUGAACGAGCCGGGGCAGAACAGCUGCUUUCUCAACAGUGCCGUGCAGGUGCUGUGGCAGUUGGACAUCUUCAGACGCAGUCUGAGGCAGCUUCCUGGGCACUUCUGUCUCGGAGACUCUUGCAUCUUCUGUGCGUUGAAGGGCAUCUUCUCCCAGUUCCAACACAGUCGGGAGCGCGCUUUGCCGUCGGACAACCUGCGUCAUGCUCUGGCAGAGACCUUUAAGGACGAGCACCGCUUUCAGCUCGGCUUCAUGGACGAUGCUGCGGAGUGCUUCGAGAAUAUUCUGGAACGGAUCCACCUGCACAUUGUGCCUGAGGAGACAGAUGCCUGCACCUCCAAGUCCUGCAUCACACACCAGAAGUUUGCCAUGACACUCUACGAACAGUCUGUGUGCCGUAGCUGUGGGGCAUCCUCCGACCCCCUGCCCUUCACUGAGCUAGUGCAUUAUGUCUCCACCACUGCCCUCUGUCAACAGGUUUAUCAGAGGCGGGACGAGUCAUUUGGAGAGCUGCUGCAAGCGGCCAGCACCAUCGGGGAUUCCCGAAACUGUCCGAGUAACUGUGGCCAGAGGAUCAAGAUACGCCGAGUCCUCAUGAACUCCCCGGAGAUCGUCACCAUCGGCUUCGUGUGGGACUCAGACCAGUCAGACCUCACGGAGGACGUCAUUCGCUCGCUGGGCCCACACCUCAACCUCUCUGGGCUCUUCUACCGGGUGACAGACGAGCAUGCCAAAAAGGGAGAGCUUCAAUUGGUUGGGAUGAUCUGUUACUCCAGUCGCCACUAUUGUGCCUUCGCCUUCCACACCAAGUCCGCCAAAUGGGUGUUCUUCGACGACGCCACAGUCAAAGAGAUUGGGACCCGGUGGAAAGAUGUGGUCACCAAAUGCACCAAAGGCCACUUCCAACCCCUCCUCCUAUUCUACUCCAACCCAGAUGGCAGCGCCAUCUCCGUAGACGACACCUCGCGCCAGAACACUGACCACUCCUGCUACAAGUCCCCCGUCAAAGGAGACGUCCAAGCGCCCUCCUCUCUACUUCCGGGCCCCAAGAAACUGGACCUGACCAGAGAGAACCUGAAUGCCCUGCUGGGCCCCAGCAGCUUCAAACAGAAUAGCCAGACCCCUUCCACCUUUACCUGGGGCAGUGGCCAGACUGGCGGGGGCCGUGGACCAGUGAAGCUGGGCACCAGUGAUCCUAAGAGCCGUCUGAAGGACAUCUCCAGAGAGGUGGUCAUGAAGGCAGGGGAGGUCCGGGGAAUGCACCCCUCCAGGAGAGACCAGGACAGGACAGAGAGGAGGAGACAGGACGCCCGAUACCGAGAUCCAAUAUCAGAGAGAUACUCGCGCUCCGUCUCCCCGCCGGAGAAUGGCUUCAAGCAGUACCUGGAUACGCGCCUGUAUGCCAGCCAGGGCAAAGGGCCCACCAGGACAGAGAGGGCCCCCCACUUUGGCGGCAGGUGCUCCUCUCAUGAGGGUCCUCCUCACUCCCAUUCCAGGGUCCAGGUACUACCAGCCCUGACCAGCGGCAGCGAGGGCUCCGGUGGCAGCCAUUACAGCCGGAGACUAGAGCAGCUUUCUAAUGGCUACGACACGGACAGCAGCCAGGAAUCGCGGGAGCGCCCUGGGAGCCGGGAGGGCGGUCGGAACUCCAGCUCCAGCAGCAGUAGCAGCAGCAGGCCAAGUCGGCCAUGGAAGCCCAUGCGCGAGGUGCUAAACGUGGAUAGUGUGAUAAGCGGUAGUGGUGGAGGGAGUCAGGAGCACCGGCAGCACAGUCCCCACCGGAGACCCUCCAGCCAGGAGAUGGCACCACCCUCCAACGAAAGAGACAGGGAACAGGACCAGGACUUCACAUGGGGCGGGCGUGAGGAGCACAAGUCCAAGAGCCUGAUGACCAUCUACGAGGAUGAGCAGCGGCCUGAGACGGGCGACAGCCGCAGUUCACUGGAGUCAGAGGGCAAGGACAGGUCAAAGGUCAGCACGCUGAAGGUGCACAGCGACAACUGGAAGAUCCAGCGCACCGAGUCGGGAUACGAGAGCAGCGACCGGCUUAGCAACGGCUCGGCCAACCUGGACUCGCCCGUUGUAGAGAAUUUUACGUCCAAAGAGCUGAGGCCCAAACCUGAGGUACACCUGACAAGGGAUCCCUUCCCUCGCCGGAGAGGUGACGACUCCAAGACUGACAUCUUGCACUCCUCUUUCUCCUAUGGUGAACACCCAGCAAAGUUUCCAGACCUGCAAGACUCACAUCUCCUAAAAUUGAGUCCAAGUUCCCAAAGAAGAAGAGCCUUCCGAUAUACGCAUGGGAUUCUGGAGAGGACGGAAGGUCUGGAUGACGAGCAGGAGCUCCAGGAGCCCAUUUGCACAAGCGCCAGGAACGAGGCCAAAAACGGGCCGAUACUCUCCCAAACCAUCCUCCGCAGGUGGAUUGAGACGCCCGUCGAGCACAAGCUCUCAUCAGACGCUAGCUCCAAGUCAGGCUCGUCGGACCAGGACCGGAACGAUCUGUCGGCCAGUGAGAGCGGAGAGGAGAAGGUUCCCAGUUCAAUGCCAGGGGACGACACGGACGAACUAGACUCCCCGGUGACAGGGGAGAUAGUUCUACCUAUGGGCCUCCCCACCACCUACUUCUCUGUGGACAAUUGUAUGACAGACACAUACCGGGCAAAAUACCACCAGAGGCCCGCCCUGCACAUGAUGACGAACGCUAAAGGUGGGGAACAACGCAUGUCGUCUGGUGAGAGCGACCUGGGAGAGGGAGGCCUCCCCAUCCCAGAUUCCCAACCUACAGAUCCCCCCAAGAGCCAGCCUGAAUCAGGUUACUACUCCAGUAAAACUAUAGCUAAAUGGAAUCCUGUAACACCCAAAGGACUUGAUGAACAUGGGUUUCUAUGAUGGAAAUUCUACUGUUGAAGGGGCCUGGUACGAAAGCCACAGUUAGAGAAAAUGUAACCUCCUUCUACAAUUUUUUAAUCCUCUUACGGUGAUGCUUAUUUGCUUGUAGAGAUGUCAUAUCAGAAGACAGACAUGAAUCUGGAAUGCCAAAGAGAUUGGUAACUCCCAGAGGCAGUAAAAGUCUGAAGAGUACUCUUCAGUUCAGCAGUAGUCUCAGGAGUCUUACGCCAUGCCUGCACACCGGUCUUCAUGUGAUUGGGAUUGUGGCCACUAGAUGGCAGCAGCAGUAAUUGUGGAUUUGCACAGUAGAAAGCCAAAAGUAAAUUACGAAAGAGGAUCCAAACCUAGGAUGGUUCUUGGUCGAUGCAGGGACCUGCUCGAACUUACUUCCAAGGUCAUUCACAGGUUGGCUCACUGAAGAAUGUUUCCCACGAAACCACUUUUCCCCUCCAAAGAUGAUCAAAUAAACUACAUGUAACAAUGACAAUAACUCAGCUCUAACCAAUUUACACUUUAGCCAGAAAAUCUAUGAAAUGCUUGUAUUUGUUUCUCGAAUUACGGUCAUUUCAUUGUUCUACAGUGACUGCGCAACCUCUGCCUAUGUAACAAGGUGAGGUAAAUAUGCCUUGAGCAGGUUUUUUACUUUUAAUGUCCAGUGUUGAUGCAGUCAUGGAAUAAGGGAGAUUCAGUUUGUGUGCACUUAUGCAUUGUUUUUGUAGGAGCACUACUUUAAAAUAAGUCCCAAGGGUCCCCCUAUGUGGCCACAGAGGAACCUAAUCUUGGGUGAAUCUGUUCCAGUCCGAGGUUGAAUGAGUGUUUUAAAGGCCCAGUGCAGUCAAACGUGCUUUUUCUGUGUUUUAUACAGUAUAUAUUUCCACACAGAGAUUGUGAAAAUUAUAUUACAAUUUUAGUGUAAAAGCUGUUUGAAAAGACUGCCUGAAAUGUCAGCAUGUUGUGGUGAGACUGAGUUUUGACCUGCCUGUUGUGGUGAGACUGAGUUUUGACCUGCCUGUUGACAUCACCAGGAAGAAAUGAGUUGAUUGACCAGUUCAAAAGAGUUCCAAACCUCUGCCAAUAACAGCUAGUUUUCAGUUUCUCCCUCCCCACUCAGCACUCCCAUAAGGUCCUAUCAAAAUUGUUGCUUGAGAAAUUGCUCUUUCCUAAGAAGCCUCUUUUUUUUUUUUUUUUUUUUUUUUUUUUUUACAUUUUAAUUGAAAACAAAUCACAGUAAGGUACUUAAUUGUGCCCCACAAAUAUUUUUAUAUUGAGAUAAAAACAGCUACUUGUUAGGAGAGAAGCAUCUCAAGUCAUUGGUAUAUGUUCUAAGCUGCCUUUUUAACCCUGCCAUCCCAGGGGUGUAUUCACUAGGAACCAAAUGGAUGAAGCGGGGAGUGACUAACCCGAACUUGUUCAAUAAGAAACACUCAUUUUUGUUAAAUGGUUUGCACUAACAAAUACACCCCUGACAAUUCGCUGCUGUGUUUUGUAUGGCUUUCUAUCCCCAGUUCAGAUCGCCUCUCACACUCCUUUCCAGAUAUAAGCCUCAUUGUUCGCUCUUUUAAUGUUUCUCCUGUCACAUACUGGGCAGUGUGUUAAAGGUACGUUACUUUUCAUGUUGUCAAACCAUGCUUCUGUUUGUCUCCUGGGUCAAACACGUGUCAAAUUCAUUUAGAUGUUCCUGUAGAAUGGAACCAAUUGAAUUUGUUCCAAAAGUCUAAACUCCAAGCUAAAUCCAACCCACCUCAAACUUGUAAGUAUUUGAAAUAUGAAUUUGACCCAGGUCUGUUUGAUUUACCAAAACCUCAAGAAUGGAUUGAUUACUGGAUGUAAGGAUUUUAAGAGUGAGGUAAAUGAAGUAGAAAAUUCCCGCUUUUCUGCAGGUAUUGUUCUAGUUUGACCCAGAGAUUAUCACAACAUUGCCUACAUGCUAUGUCAUUUUUUUUCAUGGCGGACCAUUCUAGUGAUGCUGUAAGAAAGUAAUUUUUGUUGUAAAUGUUUUAAUAUAUUGCUCGGCAGACUUCACUGCACAGUGCCUUUCUAGUUUUCUAUGUCAAGUUGAAAUAGGAGCCGUCAUUUGUACAAUAUGUAAUUUUUCUAGAUGUUUUUUUAACAUUCAAUUUCAUUUUUGAUUAAUAAUUGUUUAAUAAAUAAUUAUAUUUAACCAUA